AUGACGCGGAUACUGGAUGCCGAGCGCGCCUCGGGCCACGGUACGCCGGUGUACGUGACCGUGUGGGACCUGACGCCGCCUUCGAUGUGGACGAGUGCGGCGCGCGGGUUGGGGCUGGGCAUCUUUCACACCAACGUGUGGUUCCCCGACCUGUCGGUGGAAUGGGCGUUUGGGGGCCAUGGAUACCGCGAUGUGAGCGGCGUGUUUUCAAUCCCACGCGAUCCGAUCGUGCUGGAUGCAGUGCACGAGCGGGUGAUUGCCGCCGCAGGCAAGGAUCUAGAUCCCGUGCUGGCAGAGAAACCACAUACCCUCGAUGGGUUGUCGUGGCUGUGCCCCGAAGAUAUCCCAGCACCAGGAGAACCACCGCUACCAGGCGCACAGUACAUGGGCGCGUACUUUAUCGGAUACGCGGGUCAGUCCGACCAGCCUUCACGGCCACACGCAGAGGUGAAGCCGUGGGCAAGUGCGCAAUCUGGCAAAGCUGCUUUUCGAGAGCCAGCCGCUUCGGUCGAGCCGUACUUUACACACGCUUCAUCCAUUCUUGCCCAAAGAGGAGGCGCUACAUACCUCUCGACAUCGCUGUCAAGCCCGAGCGAGCAUGCGGAGGGGAGAUCCGAUGGACGACAUCCUCGGCAUCGCGGUGCGCGUCUGGCAUCGGUGGCGCACGUGCAAGCCACGAUGCAGGAGCUGCGCAACGAAGCCGACUGGAUGGGCCCGACGUACGAUCUCGUCUCGCACAACUGCAACCACUUUGCCGACGCCGUAUGCCGGCGCUUGACGGGCGCCGCGCUGCCAGCCUGGAUCAACCGCAGCGCCGCCGUGGGACGCAACCUCAUCUGGGCCAUCCCCAAGUCCAUCCUCGACAUAGACACUCGCGUUCCUCUCGAGGACGAUGACCUCACCAACCUCGACCACGCACCACCACAAGACACGCAAUGA